AACAUCUUUAACCUCAUUAAAACCGAAAGGAAAAAAAUCAGCAUUACAGCAAAACUUUCUGAACCAAACAACCCCAAUCGUCUUGCAUAGAUCCAUAACCAAGCACAACAUCACACAGCACAACAUGCCUCGCCAGGGAGAAGGUCACAUUGCCCACAACGCCGUCGACGCGAACGUCAACCAGAUUGCCCACGGCGCCGGCAAGGAUCUGCCAAACGAGGUCGCUGGUACCAAGAAGGCGGCGCCCAUGCCGGAGCCAGAAAAGGGUGCUGCUCUGGAGGGUGUCCCUGCCAGCGGUGGCUCGAGCCAGGGUCUCAAGAAGGGACCCGACGUUGGUCAAUCAUGAGGUACAUUGAGCAUCGUGAGGGCUGCGGAGGAUGGCAUCCAAUUAGAGGAGACAGCGUAACAGCUGUGUUGAGCGAAUUUUGGUGAUGGAGCUGAUCUACUUCCCUAAGAAGCUGUUCGGGCCUUCAUAUGCAGAUGGCGUUCUGUUGUAUACUAUGAUGAAUAAUGAAUUAAACACAGAUACAAA